AUGUCUUCAAUACCAACCUUCAUUUAUAAAGAUUUUGAAGAAUCAACAACGUAUAACUACAACAAAGUAUGGAAUUGGUACUUGAAUAACUUGAAAAAUGGUGAAUUUGAACAACUGCUACAUAAUACAAAGAACUCCACACAACUUGAUCAAUUCAUAGAUGAUUUAAAUGAUGGUGUGACGUUAAUACUGAUAAUUCCAAACAUUAUUAAUUCAACUAUAUUAUUACAAGAUUUAUUAACAAAAUUCUUUGAACAAAAUGGAUCUCAAGCCCCUAUAGAAGUCACAAUAACGAACCUGGGUCUUUUAAAACAAUCACAAUCAUCAAUAAUAAUGGCUUCUUCAAAUGUCAUAAAUAACACAGAUCUAAAAUCUCAGCAGUUUUCAUUUGGUCCAUUAUCAAAUUAUAAUCAAGCUGUUGAAUUGAACUCAAUUAUAUCUGGUGAAUCUGGCUAUACACCAAGUGAAAUUGAUCAACCAAUUGAACCAACAGCUCCUACAACAAUAAGUUCUUUAUCUCAUAAUGACAUGAUUGAUGAUUCAGAAAGUUCAAUAGAUUCAUUCCACCCAUCAGGUUCAAUCCCACCAAGUCCAAAAUAUUCAUUAACAAGAGUGACAACUAUUCAAAAUGAUGGCUCUUUGACUCAUGUUCCUAAUACCCCUAAUUCCUCAGAGAUCAAUUCACCAUUAAUUCAAGUGGAGACCAAAGAAUCUGAAGAUAUUGGAACUACAGAUGAUGAAGAAGGUAAAGAUGAUGUUGAGAGUUCUUCAUUCGUUGGUGAUGUGGAGAGUCAUGAUGUGAAUAGCGUUGUUUAUUCAGAUGACAGUUCUAUAGAAUCAUUGGAUUAUGUGCCUUCAAUGAUAACGGCAAGGACAAAGAAAUUAAACGUGAGGUAUAAAUUAAUAUUGAAUAAUAUCUUGUUUAGAGAUGAGAAUAAAGAGAGAAGAACUGCAAUUAGACAAAAUGAUGAAGAUGGAAUGUGUGAUGAUUGGCUACUGUAUGAUUCUAAUUUCCGGAUGGAUAAUCUUCAAUUAUUAGAUCUUCGUGGUGUUUUGGAAAUGAUGAAAUUUGAUUAUAAGAAACUAUUAUUUUAUGAUCUAGUUUUGGAAAAAAUGGAUAAUCAACAAGUUGAAGAAGAUGAAGACCUUGAUGAAUUUGAAGGUGUCCAAGAAAAUGAUUUAAAUGUUGUGGAAUUUAAUGGUAAAGAAGAAGUUGACGAACAUGAAGAUGAUGAAGAACAUGGUGAUCAUGAUGAUGAAUAUGGUACAGAGGGAACAUCAAUUAGGUUUACCCAAAACGAAUUAUGGUUCAAUCAAGUCUGA